CCCCGCCGGAAGCGGGGCGGAAAUUUUGUUGUGGCGGCGAGAAACAGGAAGCCCUGAAGGGUCAAAAGGAAUACAAAAAGCAAAGGCUGUUUGUUUGCUUUCUUAGUUUUCUUUCCUUUCCCCCCCCUCGUUGAUUCUACCCUCCCACUCCCCUCCAUUCCCACAGAGCGAGCGAUCUUUGGGGUGGGCGCCGCCGAGGUUGAGGGGGCUCACCUCCUGCACGCUGUAGCCUGAUUGUCCAUUAUGGAUGGAGGGGAUGAUGGUAACCUUGUUAUCAAAAAGCGGUUUGUGUCUGAGGCUGAACUAGACGAACGGCGCAAGCGAAGGCAAGAAGAAUGGGAGAAAGUUCGAAAGCCCGAAGAUCCAGAAGAGUGUCCAGAGGAAGCAUAUGACCCACGGUCUCUGUAUGAAAGACUACAGGAACAGAAAGAUAGGAAGCAGCAGGAGUAUGAGGAGCAAUUCAAAUUCAAAAACAUGGUAAGAGGCUUAGAUGAAGAUGAGACCAACUUCCUUGAUGAGGUUUCUCGGCAGCAGGAACUAAUAGAAAAGCAACGAAGAGAAGAAGAAUUAAGAGAACUGAAAGAAUACAGAAGUAACCUCAACAAAGUUGGAGUUUCUUCUGAAAACAAAAAGGAAGUGGAGAAGAAACUGACUGUGAAACCCGUAGAAGCCAAGAACAAGUUCUCCCAGGCAAAGCUGUUGGCAGGAGCUGUGAAGCAUAAGAGCUCAGAGAGUGGCAACAGUGUGAAAAGACUGAAAUCAGACCCUGACCCAGAUGACAAGAAUCAAGAAGCUCCAUCCUGUAUAUCUGUUGGAAGCACAUCCCUGAGUGGUCCCUCCAUCCACUGCCCCUCUGCCGCCGUCUGCAUUGGUAUCCUGCCAGGCCUGGGUGCCUACUCUGGGAGCAGCGACUCCGAGUCCAGCUCAGACAGCGAAGGCACAAUCAGUGCCACUGGCAAGAUCGUUUCCUCCAUCUUCCGAACCAACACCUUCCUCGAGGCCCCCUAGCUCCAGUGUCCUCAUCACUGAGACCUCCUCCCCAAGAAUAGACUGGACAGUUCAUUCUACCCACGGGCAUUAUCUCUGUCAGAAAACUCGUUUGCCUGCUUCCUGUGCACACCGUGACAUUUUUAACCUCCUCUGAAAAUAUGCCAGACCCCACUCGGGGCCUGGCCUGUGUUUGUUUUCUAUUUCCACUCUAUUUCAAAUGCUCCAGACCUGUCCUGCUGCCUCCUCCCUCAGUAAUGUGGUGGAGUAGAGGUCAGCCCCCUGAAAAUGCCCUGGGGAGUAGACACCAGUGGGCUCACAAAGCGUUAGGGUCAUAAUGGUUUCUUGUUUUGUUUUCCCUUUCCACAAUAACACAAGGACAGUUACUGAACAGUUUAUUAUUUAAACUAUUCUGAGUGAACAUGUCAUUUGGUUAUACUGCAUUGUAGAGCAUGUGGGGGAAGAGAACUGGCCCAGGUGAUGAAAUGGCGUGUCCCCUAGAAUUUAACCUAUUCUUCCUGUUGUGUGACUAAGUAAAGAUGAUAAGCUGUAUCUACAAGGGGCGUCACUUCAUUCACUGUGAAGUUUUGCCUUACUCUUAGUCAUUUCUCCUCCUCCGUCUCCUCUUCUUCCUCCUCCUCCAUAUAUCCAGUCUGACUGAGAUCCCAAAGGAUCUUAGGCCUUAUGUCAUCAUGGCCAGAAAUCAGAUGUGCUGGUAGGUGUGUGGACAAGUUGGCUCAUUUCUCACAGCUUCUGGAUCCCGAUAUUGCAAAGCUGUACGGUACACUUGAACUUGCUGACUACUGCUGGUGCUCUGUCAAGGCUCUUUUCUGGUAUACUUAUGACUUCUAACAAUGAAAACUAUUUCUAGCCUGUAGGUGCUGCCUCAGCCCUUGUUGCUUUUAUGUGUUGCCCUGUUGCUUUUUUAGUUCCCACACAGGGCAGCUCCAUGGCUGAGCAGCCACGACUUAGUGGCACUGUUCUCCUUCUCUUCCUGUAAAGGGAGAGAAGUGGUAUGAAGGCCUCAAGGACAGAGGUAGGCAUGGACUUUGGUAGGGAAAAAAAAUCCACAGGCACCCCUGCUUCAGGACGGUGGGCCAGUAGGGUCGUCACCCCCCCCCCCCCCCCCCCGUGGUUCCUACGUCAAUUGUUGUACUUCCUCGGGUGUGAGACAGAUAAAGACGCACACAGAAUGUGUUGACUCUGUGAUGCUGUCAGGCAGAGAAUCUGCCUCAUUUUAACGUGGGCAGAGAGGCCCCUGGAUCUUGUCCAAUUCACUCCUUUCCCCUUCCAGUGCAGUGACACUAUGAUGCCUGCUGGCAGAUGGUGUCUUUCCUUCACCCAUAACUGAUGCCUUAUGAGUUCUUCCUCCUUUUCAGAACUACUCUGUGCUAAUUGUUCCUGACUGUCAGCAAAGACAUCACAGCUCCAUCCUAGCAAACAAGACAUUUAGGUAAAACUGUGUAGGCACCUUCUGCCUCUGUGCUUCAUUGUUCCUGUGAUUGUGCUGUCAUUAUGACAGCAUGUACCCAGAGCACCCUCGCAACAUUUCAUGAGGUAGACCAAGGAAUCAAAGCCACCAUGAGAUAGGGUUUGAUUUUCAAGAGGCCGUUAUUAUACCUCAUGGCCUCUGUUGAUGUAGAAAGAAGGGGCAAAAAGUUUCAGAGAUUAAAAACACAUUAGUUUGAGAGCUAAUAUGGCCAGUGGAAACCAAGGCCUUACUUUUACUGUACUGAGUCUUGUAAUCCCAACUCUAUCCCCAUCCACUAUAGCAACUCAACAACGUCUCCUUUGUGCUGAGAAGGUGGAGACACUUCAAAAUGCAAUGUCCGCUCUUGGUGUCUCAGGAGAGACAGAGGGUCACUAGUGAUGAUUUCAUUGCACUUGUGAGUGUAGAGCCUUGGAAUGGAGAUACAGGUUCUUUAUAGCAAGGCAGGGGUUAGUCUGCCCGGGUGAGAAAGCAGCACUGGAAGGCCUCAGACUCAACAGAGAACAGAGGAAAGGAAGGAAAGGGAAGUCUAGCUUUCAGCCAUAAAGCUUCUGCCUUAAUAACUGGGAUUUUAUAACUAGGUUAUAAGGGACACAAGCAAAGUUUUUUUUUUUUUUUUAAUUUUAUGUAAGCCUGCAUAUAAAAGUUAUACUUGUAGUAUUCCUCUAAUUCUUGAACCUUGUGGGGGAGAAGGCUUGUCUAUAAAGAAUCCCAUUGAAGGCUGGGUAGUGGUACACCUAGUUGAACACACACAUUAUAUUGUUCAAGGACCCAGGUUCAAGCCCCUAGUUCCCACCUGCAGGGGGGGUGGAGGGGGAAUUGUAGCUUCAUAAGUGGUAAAGCAGUACUGCAGAUAUCUCUCUCCCUCUCUCCUCCUUUCCUCUCAAUCUCUGUCUCUAUUCAAAAUAAAUUUAAGAAGGAAACCUA